AUGCCAGAGUUUGCCAAAUAUUUGAAAGAGAUGUUGACUAAGAAGAGGCCUAUCAAGCAUGACACUGUAAGUCUGACUCAUCGUGUUAGUUCUAUUAUAUCCACUACCAAUGUUCAGAAGAAGGAGGAUCCAGGGGUCUUUAUUAUUCCAUGUUCUGUUGGUCAGCAUGAUUUUGCUAGCGAUUUAUGUGAUAACGGGGCUAGUAUAAAUCUCAUGCCUCUUAUUAUCUAUAAGAAAUUGGGUUUGGGAAUUCCUAGACCUACCGCCAUGCGAUUGCAGAUGGCUAAUAGAUCUAUUAAAAGGUCAGUUGGAGUUGUGGAUGAUGUGUAA